AUGAAGAUGCCCGCAUCCCUCCUCCCUCUCCCGCUCAAACCCUUCAUUAUCGCCCACAUCACCACCCACCUCACCACCCUCACCAUACAUCUCCAGGCCGCAUCCGCGAUAAUAAUCCACCACAGCAGUCUCCCGCGCCACCCCCUCCCCCUCAGGACGCUCCUCACCCUCUCCCGCACCCUGCGCGACACCCAGCUAUCCCUCGGCCUGCACAUCCUCGUAGACGACCUCCUCGAGAAGAUCCUGACACCCGACUUCUUCAGUCCUGCGCAGCUCGCGCGGCAUCGCCUCGUGGUGCGGGAGUAUGAAGAGGCGCUGGAGGGGAUGAACCAGGCGCGAGAGGCGCUGGUGGACCUGGUGGAGAGGGAGAUGAGGACGGUGGAUGAGAAGGUGGUGGGUGACCCGGUGGACGUGGGGGCUGCUACGCAUGUGUUGAGUACGGCGAUGUAUGGCGAGGAGAGGGAGCACGAUCAGGUGGAGGUGGUGAUGGAGUGGAUGUGGGAGGGGAAGAGGCUGUUCUUGGAGACUCUCGGUGGGGUGGAGGGUUGGGGUGGUGUUGUGGUGGCUGAUGUUGACAUCGUGUGA